UUUAGUUCUCUGAAUUUCUCCACUGUCUACCGGCAUGGCAGCCACGGAGUCCGCGCUCAAAGAAAAACAUGAGCCAAUGGCGAACGGGCACACAGGAGAGGAAGUCGGCAUGGGGCCGGGCGCUCCUGAGGACAGCAUGGAGCUCCGUAUCCUCAUGGCAUACGCCAAAAAACGCAGACCCUCAGACAAGCGUCUGCAGUGCCAGCUCAGCAUCACCAAACCAUCGGUAACACCGUCGGCCACGACAGAGGCCAACAAUGACUCGCAGAACACCCCGCCAAAGAAGAAGUGGUAUCGUAAGCUGCCCAGCUGUCUCCGCUCAAAGACCAAAGAUCCAGAUCUGCAGCCGGAUCUUUCGGAGGAUGAUAGUCGACCCCAGCCUGCUUCGCUUAGUCCUUCUACAGGUGACAAGGUGGCUGGAAAGCUGACACAGCUAUCAACCGCUGUUCCCUUUCUUCAGGGAGACUUGGAAACCGACUGCCCUGAAGACAUUGCUCAGGAGCUUGCAAAGUUGCUUCGUGAUUCUGGUGACGAGUUGAAUGAAAAGAUCAAGAACGACAAAGCCCUUCACGAGCGCCUCGUGAGAUCCUUCGACUACGGCCUCUUCUCGAGGAUCACCACGGCCUUCCUGGGGAAGCUCAACCUGUCCAGCGCGCCGAGUGAUGAGGAGGCCCAGAUCGCCAUGACCUGUGAGGUGGUGACCCGCCUCAGCACCAUGGAUACACUUCCUGUGAGCCAGACCAUGGGCUUUGGCGCCUGCUACCUGAAGGACUACUUUUCGCCCUGGGUCCAACAGCACGGAGGCUGGGACAAAGUUUUCGAAUCAGAUGAGGAACAGGAUUGAGGAACAAGUUUCAUGGACUCCCUGCCACAUUCCUAUUGGUUGCACUAUCAAAAUGACUGCUUCUUAUUGGUUAAUCUCAGGGUUACAGUAUCGACCUUGUGUUUACUUCCAGAAAGCUGACACUCACUCUCAAGUCUGCCCAAUUAAGUCACAUUGUUGUACCAAGGAUGUUACGGGUACUUUAAGAGCGGUAGUGGAUAUCACUACUCGAUGUAGUGUUCUCUGUGGAAAGACGGUUGCAUGUUGAGAUAUUUAAUCAAAAAUAUCCAAAAGAAGUGCAGUUUCGAACAUGACCUCCGGGAGAAAAGCUGACUUUGUAGCAGCUGUCCCUGAUCAGUAGCAGACUGGCCCCCAAUCUGAGUAGCAUCGUUGCCAGAGGCUGCUGAUACAUGGCCAUGUGUUGGGAUUGUAAUCAGGCUGUGUUGGGAUUAUAAUCUGACUGUGUGUUGAGACUGCAAUCUCUGUCAAACACUAUCUGUUGAAAGGUCACCUCACCAGAUGUAGGACAGUGGAAGUAACCCAAGAAAAGUAUAUAGAGGACCUUUAUUUUUUUUUCUUUCGUUAAAAACACUCAACUUGUGCACUUUAAAGCAGCUGGUGUAUUUGAAUUUAGAUUUUUUUUGAAUGUCUGAUCAGUGUUUAAGUGAUCAAUGUGUUAUAUUGUAGUUUUGCCCCUAGCAUCUGAUAUAUGCUGUAGCUUUUUAGUUUCUUUUAUUUUUUUUUCAGGCUUGCAAAUGAUAAUGUUAAAUGAGUAUGUAUU